GAUUUAAAUAAUCCAAGCCCAUUGCUGCCCUUAUUGGCCGAGUGGAGUGGGGGGAAUAUUUCUAAGGGGGGCUGAGUGGAGGCGAUUGGCUAAAAUGUAUUGCUUUGCCUUAUGGUAGGGUGGUCUUGUGCUGUCAGGUUUCCCCUACUCUUGUGUAUAGUGAAAUAGAAAAAGGACCAGUUAUUCCCUGUGAGCAAAUUCACACACUAUCAGCUCCCGCAUGUUGCUACAUUUCUCCCUGAGGACCUGCACUGCUGCUGCUGCAUUUCCAAGAGCAGGGAGAGCAUCAUUGCUUCUGUGCAAGGGAAUUCCUUCAUGGCACAAGCUUUUUAUUUAUUUUUUUGUGCUCGUCUCUCUCACUGUGAAUAAGGGAUUGGACUCCGAGAUAUUCUCUAGUGGUACCAACAGGACCCAAACUUCUCACCUGCUUUGGAGCUGAGAGAUGCUGUAGCUGGAUUUGAGGCCUGCACUGAAAUCUCAAGCCUUUGUUGAAGGGACAAUUCUGCUCUCAGAGGAUAAGCGGAGAGUUUAUUUCAAGAUAUACGGUAUAUAUGUUUAAAGGCCUCUAUUGGAAAUGGCAAUCACAAUCAGAAUCUUUUUGCUUCUGGGUUUCAUGGCUUCUCAGGUUGCGUCAAUGCAUCCUUACUGCAUAAUUAAGAAAGAGGAAGAAGCCUGUUUAGAAAAAAUUCAAAGAUAUGAAAUUGAAAUGUGGAACGACACACAGUCUGGAUGCCCAGGCAUGUGGGAUAACAUUACUUGCUGGAUGCCCGCCGAAGUGGGAAAAGUCGUGUCUGUCCGAUGCCCUGCACUGUUCAGCAUGAUUGGCUCAGAAGAUGAAAUGGACUUUGUUGAUCGAAGCUUAGGUUGGUCUCCAGAGAACAUUGAGGAGCAACAGUCAGAGGGAACAAUCAAAAGGAACUGCACAGAAAAUGGCUGGUCUGAACCUUUUCCUCAUUACUCUGAAGCCUGUGACUUUGAUAUCAACGAAACAGGGCCAGACCAGGAUACAUACUACCUCUCUGUCAAAGCUCUCUACACCGUGGGGUACAGCACAUCCCUUGUUGCCCUCACAACAGCAAUGGUAAUUCUAUGCCGAUUCAGAAAGCUUCACUGCACGAGAAACUUCAUCCAUAUGAACCUAUUCGUCUCAUUCAUUCUACGGGCAAUAUCAGUCUUUAUUAAGGAUGAAGUGCUCUACGCUGAGCAAGACAACAACCACUGUCAUCUUUCAACUGUGGAAUGCAAAGUUGUGAUGGUGUUUUUCCACUAUUGUGUCAUGUCCAACUACUUCUGGCUUUUUAUCGAAGGGCUUUAUCUCUUUACGCUCCUUGUAGAGACGUUCUUUCCAGAAAGGAGAUACUUUUAUUGGUAUACCAUCAUUGGGUGGGGCACUCCACUGAUUUGUGUGACAAUAUGGGCUGUUCUGAGACUUCACUUUGAUAACCUGGGAUGCUGGGACACGAACAAUAACACUGCUCUGUGGUGGGUGAUUAAGGGUCCUGUUAUUGGAUCAAUAAUGAUAAACUUUGUGCUGUUUGUGGGCAUCAUCAUCAUUCUUGUUCAAAAGCUUCAGUCCCCUGACAUCGGAGGAAACGAGUCCAGUAUAUAUUUCAGCUGCUUUCAGAAAUGCUUCUGUAAGACUAAGAGGGCUCGCGAGCACUCUUUCAAGAUGUCAGAACUAUCCAUCAUUACACUGAGGUUGGCUCGCUCUACCUUGCUGCUUAUCCCACUCUUUGGAAUUCAUUAUACCGUAUUCGCUUUUUCACCUGAAAAUGUCAGCAAACGAGAAAGACUUGUGUUUGAGCUGGGUCUCGGGUCAUUUCAGGGUUUUGUUGUGGCAAUUCUGUACUGCUUCUUGAAUGGAGAGUUUCUCCCUAAAGGUGCAAUCAGAAAUAAAGAGGAAAUGGAGGAGUUGGAAAGUCAACCGGUAUUUUGCUGUGGAUUUCAAACAUCGUCAUCCGUCGCUGGCGAGCAGCGGAGUGAACGGGGGGACGCAACUGUCCAUUCUGAGCAAGAGCAGUUCGCAGAUUCGGAUGUCCAGCAUAAACGCAGAGAACCUGGGGACAUGAGUCCUCAAACUGUCUAACCAUAUCCAAAUAUCAAGUUCAGUUUUUUUCCCUUUUCUUUAAUUUUGACAUUUUACUUUUCAUUCCAAACGACACAACAAGCAGUAGGGAAAAAUGGACAACCCAACGCUGAGACACUGAGGUGUAGAAAAGUAAAAAUGUUUGUGAAGGAGAACAGGGCAUUCAUUUUCUAAGUAUUCCACAAAGAAAUCAUUUUGCGUCGGUCAUCUCCGUACCUCCAUUGCUGGUAUUGUCAUGGUUGGUAGUCAGCCUUGAUUUCUCAGACUGGUAGUCGCAGUGUGAUACAAAAUGUCUUACCAGUCUAAAGUUACUGUAAAUAUACCGACUCCUCUUCAAGUCCAUAGGCACAGUCACUAGAGAGAAGCUUAUGUGCGAUAACAAAGAGGGGGCAUCACUUAACGUGUAUUAUAGCUUAAUAGAAGAAUAAUGUGCAGAAAAAAAUAAUGUACUGUUUGUUUGCAUAGUCUUUCUAUAUGUGGCAAUGUGUAGUAGAUAUUUUAUUAUUAGGGAAAGACUUUUUUAUUUCUACUUUUUAAAUAAAUUGAAAAAUGUGAAGUAAGCGACUUAACAUAGAACAUGCAUAGAUUGCACUGAUUACUUUAGAUACAGGUAUCGGAUCUAUUAUGCAGACGGCUUGGGACCUGGGGUUUUCAAGAUAAUGGGAAGCACCACACCCCGCCUUAAAACGAAAUUGUUUUACAGAAGAAAAAGUGAAUCGUUAAAAAUCGAAGAAUUAUUGGUUUGGGAAAUGGUAUUUGUGGAUGGCAGUUUUCCAGAUAAUCAAUUUCCAUACCUGUAGUCUAUUUAUAAUUUUGAUGUUCUGGCACUAUUGUAAGAUAGACUCAGACCAGACUCAGCCUGUAGCCCCAAGCUGUCUUAAGAAGAUGGCAGUUAUUUCCUACAACAGCUCUAGGAAUGCAAUGUGGACAAGCCAAUUGUAAUUAUCUCCUCCAACAGCUUGAGGGACACAAGGUGGGCAAUUAAAAUGUAGUUAUCUCCUCCACCAGCUUGGGGAAUAGAAGGUGGACAAUCCAACUGUAGUUAUCUCCUCCACCAGCUUGAAGGAUACAAGGUGGACAAUUCAAAUGUAGUUAACUCCUCCACCAACUUGGGGGAUACAAGGUGGACAAUUAAAAUGUAGUUAUAUCCUCCACCAGCUUGGGGAAUAGAAUGUGGACAAUCCAACUGUAGUUAUCUCCUCCACCAGUUUGAGGGAUACAAGGUGUACAAUUCAAAUGUAGUUAACUCCUCCACCAACUUGGGGGAUACAAGGUGUACAAUCCAAUUAUUAUCUCCUCCAUCAGCUUGAGGAAUACAAGGUAAAAAAUUCAAAUGUAGUUAUCUCCUCCAGCAACUUGGGGGAUACAAGAUGGACAAUCCAAUUGUAGUUAUGUUCUCCACCAACUCAGACUCAGACCAACCUGUAGCCCCAAGCUGUCUUCAGAUGAUGGCAGUUAUUUCCUACAACAGCUCUAGGGAUACAAGGUGGACAAUCCAAUUGUAAUUAUCUCCUCCACCAGUUUGAGGGAUACAAGGUGGACAAUUCAAAUGUAGUUAUAUCCGCCACCAACUUGAGGGAUACAAGGUGGACAAUCCAAUUGUACGUAUCUCCUCCACCAGCUUGAGAGACACAAGGUGGACAAUUCAAAUGUAGCUAUAUCCUCCACCAGCUUGAGGGAUACAAGGUGGACAAUCCAAAUGUUCCACCAUAUCAUCAUGAAGAUCUCAUGGACAAUAUUAAGGCAUCAGCCUUCACAAUGUAAUAUUGGGAUACCGGAGCAUGUCACAAACAGCUAACAGGAAAAAAAAACCUAUAUUACCACUUAAUAUUUUUUCACAGAUAUAACAAAUAAGACAGAGAAGUCUAUUUUCUGAAAGUUCUUUAACUUUGCCUUGUUAUUCAGAGUCACAGCCGGUACAUAUUUUCUUAUUUCAAACUGCUAUGAUGUCAAUGUAAUCUUUAGAACACUUUAUACAAUGCAGAAAGGAAAUUUUAACAAUAGCCUAGUUUUAACUUCAGAUACAGAAUCACAGAAGAAAGAAAACUGGAUACGUCUAUAUAUAAAUAUAUUUGAGUUUAUUUUUAGUGAGAAUUUAAUCUAGAAUAUUGACAUUUUACAAAGUAUCUGCAAAUCAGUGAGUGGUGCGAUAAAUAGUUUAUGCUCUUUGUUCCUUGAAUGUAAAACAUUAAAAAAAUACUCAUUGCCGCAUUUUUGUACAUGUGAAGGGACCAAGGCAACACAAGUAGAAAUGCAGAAAAUGUAUAUAAAAGAGGAAUGUAAAGAGUACAGUUGUCAUUUGUGCCAUAACAUAUGUUACUGAGCCAUUUUGAUUGUAGUCCAGUAAUAUUUUAUGUGUUAUAAAUACUUUUUUUCUGGCUGUUUUUAUUGUACUAUAUAUAAUAUGUGUAAUGCUAAUCUUGUGGCUAUGUUUUUGUACGUUAUCUGAUAACUGACAUUUUUUUUCUCAAUUUACUGAGUUUAGUAAAAAUAAUAACAGCAUUCAGUUGGUUUUGCAGUUGAUUCUUAAGCAAUUCCUAUGGUGUGUUAACAUUAAAUAUGGAAGUUUAAAAAGA